AUGAAAGCAGACACGGUAAUCGCCCCAGAUAUCCGCGGAUGCGGAGACUCGUCCAUCCCCACUUCCAAGAACUACACCGCUGCAGCCGCGGGCGCAGAUUUGAAGGCUAUCCUGGAUUACCUCAACAUCUCAUCCACAUACGUCUUUGGGCACGACAAGGGUGUAGGGCUGGCGACAUCCCUCGCUAUCGAACAUCCUUCGCUGGUCAAAGCCCUCAUUCUCGCCGAAUACGUACUCCCAGGAUAUGGAUAUCCCUUAACAGUUCAGAGUCCCAGCUUGUACCAGAACUGGCAGCUCGCCUUCUUUGCUGUGCCUGAUGCAGCUGAGUUCUUCAUCCGAGACCGCGAAAAACAGAUGUUGAGCUGGUAUUUCUUUCACGCGAGUUAUUCUGGUACGGCGGCCGUGAGUGAAGACCACUUGCAGCGGUAUACGAAUGAGAUUGCGAAACCGGGGUUUUUGAGGAGCGGCAUGGAAUAUUUCGCAGCGGCGUGGGACGACGAGGCGUACUUUACUUCCGUGUUUAGCAGUGGACAUAGAUUGCAGAUGCCGUUGUUGGCGCUGGGUGGUGAGGCGAGCUUUGGGCCUGUGUCGCUGUUGGAACAGGUAUGGUUGCAGGUUGGCGAUGACUUUGUUGCUGAGUUGAUUCCGAAGGCUGGGCACUGGAUUGGCGAUGAGAAUCCGAUUUGGACUGGUAAUCGCGCCUUACGCUUCUUUGAAGAAGCUGGGGAGGUGAGCAGUGUUGAUCUGUCCUACCUUAAAGAUCAAGUGACUCUGCAAGGUGGUACCAUUUGA